CUCAGGUGUCUCUUACUCUUAAUACGGCGAGCUGGAUUCUUACUCAUAAUGAAUAUGCAUUUUCCUUUGGAUCAUAUUUUUUUUUUUACUGCUGUUUUGGGAUUUCUACAGAUGGAUGAAGAUAAGAUGAAAAGGAACAGUCACCAGAUGUGGAGUUUACAGAUGUCAGAUGCUCCUCGCGGUAUGUAGUUAUCAAUUAUUGACUGGAACUCUUGGUCUAUGAUCAAAUCAGAAAGUCCAUACAUAUCCUAUUACUAUGCUUAGUAUAGAAGGUAUUUGAGCUUUAAAGAUUGAGCAUUUCCAUGGCUUAUGUCCAGUCAUCCUUUCUUAGGACUAUAUUACACCUUGCGGGCAGUCUAAGCAGAGCACGUGGCUCAACAGAUUCCCUCAUCUUCCAAGGAAGAACACGCAGUAGAACAUAUACAGUAAAGUAUUACCUUGACAAUUUUGUCAGUCGGUCAUAUUGGGAAGUUGUUGCCCAGCCACUCAUAAUAAAUAUAUACUUCUUUGACGGUUUGACCAACGAGAAAAUAAAUAAUAGAAAGGAAAAAGCCAGUAACAACGUGCAGGGAAAGAAGCCAUUCAGAAUCACACUACCAGCAAUAUCAUAUGCAUAUCUCAGGACAGAGAAAUAGACAAGUGAAUGAAUAGAGACAAAGGCAGUAUGGGAAGGUAGUUAUAUCCUCAUUGAAAGCCUCUGCAUAUCUAGAAGAUCCUUCUCUUUCUCCUUUCUCCCUUCUUCCCCUCCUUCUCCAUUUCCCAUCUUCUGUAAUCUGCAUAGACACACAGGUCAAGAGAAUCAGGUGAUGAUUCCAACUGUAACUCCAGUUCUGCCCAGAUUGGAUCGCCUUGGUCGACUGCUGCAGUUUCUGGAAGAUAAGUACUUGGUGCUGGAAAAGCCCAAAACUGAAGCAGCUGCUGUGAAGGUGAUGGAGGAUCAUCAGUGCAUGAGUUUAUCAGCCGCCCUCGAGCUAGUUAAACAGAAAGGCAGCCUGGUGGAGAGGCUCGAAUUCCUCGAAAACCGCAUCUUGCAGUUGAGCCUGGAGAUGGGAGUAGGCAACAACAGUACAUCCAGGUCAAGCUCUUUCAUGGUCACAGAAGCUGAAUCUGGAGAUGAUGAUCAUAAGCAUCUGAUUUUGAAGCAGGAACCAAAAAUGGCGCCAAAUCUCUCCACAACCGAGAAGGGGACCAGACGGAGGAGAGUGGUCACUACUGGCAAGAAAUGGGCAGCAGGAUGGAGGUGUUUACCUAUGGGCUGCAAUGGUUAAUUGUUGACUUGAAUUUUUAAGCUUUCAAUAAGAUAGUGAUAAACAAACUUGAUUGUGAGGAGGGUUUUUAUCAUUUCAUCUCAUCAUCAGAUAACUGGGCAAACCUUGGCCUGGUGAUAUGUUACAGAUAGUAAAUGAUAAUGAAAAAUAAGGCAUUGUAAAUCUUCAAGAUAUGCUGUACUUAUCUAUUUAAUCACAAAUAUCAACAAUUUGUUAAUGCUCAAUAAGGUGAUUUUGUAUUUCUCAUUUACCAAACUAUAGUAAUCCCAAGGUUUUUGGUGUAGCUCUUCCCGACUCCCGUAGCUGCUGAAAGUAUGGGUGUUUCGGGUUCGGUUAAUCAAUAACUGUUAAUACUAAUAAAUUUUGUGGUUUGUGGUUGCUCUGCUCUGCUAUGCUCCCUAAACAAAAAAAGAGAAAAAAAUGUUGCAAUGAAAUGGGUAAGGUUUA